AUGGACGGAGAACCGUUCAUAGCAGACGUCAGGGUGAACGGCACAGACUUUGUGCCAUCUCUUGUCGACUAUGGCUGCCUCUGCUACGGCGCGCCGCGCAUCUUGGAGAAUGCAGCGGGAGACGGCAAGGAGGUCAAAAUCGACAAGAUCACGUAUGUGUCGAUCGACCUCGAUGGACAUCAGCAGCAUCGUGUUUUCAUGUACGUCAUCGACGAUCUGAACUGGGAUAUGAUCCUGGGUAAACGAUGGAUGGAAGACCAGGAUGUUCACAUCCAUGCGAAGGAAGGAUAUCUCGAGAUCGGGUCAAUGGAGUCCAAGUACGAGACCGACGACGUUACCAGCCUCCUCAGCUAG